CAAAUGGAAUUACUAAUUAGUCUAUUAAGGACCAUAUAAACAAAACAAGCAACAGUUAAAGCUGUGGACAAAAACCGAAACCCAAAAUUCUAUCCUUUAUUAAUCGGAUUCAAUUUCUUCAUUUAUCAACGGUUGUUUGGGCCAAAAUUCAUAAUCCCCAUUGUUGCCCAAUCUUUGAAACAUCAUGGAAUUAGCAUUUGCCGCUUCAGUAUACCCGAUAAAUGUGAAGAGAGUAAUCUACGAGAUAAGACCUCAUAGCUCAAAACUCGUUACCAACAAGAAACGGUCUUUUCACAACAAGUUUCUAUGCUCAGUAGCUGUUGCUCCUGACAGGAAUCGGGUAUCCGAGGUUGAGUUGGAAAACAAGAAACACAAUCUUCUCCUGGCUGUUCAAGACACACAACGGGGACUUGCUGCAACUGCUGAUCAACGCUCAAUUAUCGAGGAGGCUCUGGUGAGUGUAGAGGGAUACAACAUGGGUGCACCACUUGACAUGGCGGUGUUGGAUGGAACUUGGCGCCUGCAGUACACUUCUGCCCCGGAUGUUGUCGUUCUUUUGGAAGCUGCUGCAAGGCUUCCUUUCUUUCAGGUUGGGCAGAUCUUCCAGAAAUUUGAAUGCAGGGAUCAGCUCAGAGGAGGUGUUAUCCGAAAUGUUGUUCGAUGGAGUAUUCCGAAUUUGUUAGAGGAACAAGAAGGUGCCACUCUGGUUGUUUCUGCUAAGUUCGAUAUUGUUUCUGUGCGGAACAUCUAUCUUCAGUUUGAAGAGAUACAAGUUCAAGAUAUAAAUAUCAGUGAACAACUGCAAGCUGUGAUUGCUCCAGCACUCCUUCCACGGUCCUUUUUAAGUCUACAGCAGCUAAACAGUCCAAUUCAAGGAUCACCUGACGUCCUCCAAUUUUCCAAGCUUGAUCAAGACCACCAAAUUUUGCAGUUUCUCCGAACCUUCAGAGCUCAAGUUCCUGUAAGAAACCCUGGGAUUGGAAGGAGAUCAGUAGGAGGACUUUAUUACCUUUCGUAUUUGGAUCAGAAUAUGCUGUUGGGCAGAGCUGUCGGCGGUGGCGGAGUAUUUGUGUUUACGAAGGCUCAACCCCUUGAACUCUAAAGCACGAGGGCCGGAAACAAUCAAACAGUUGUCAUUACUCGUUAAGUCCUAAGCAUCCAAAGGAUAAGUGUAACUAAAAUGCCUUCUAAUUUUCCGGAAGUGAUGCAAUGUUAAUAGUAAUACAUUUUUUACGGUGAAUGUACUUAAAAAAGGUUACUUUGGUGGGAUCAAAUUAAAUUAGUUUUUCUACUAUUAAA